GCCAAAAGUUAGUCAGAGGCCGCCAUUUUGUACUUUCUAGUAUCUUCGUGUUUUGAGCGGUUGGGAGAGCAGAAGCUGUUUAGUUCCUUCUUUUGUGAACGGUAACAGUUGCAAGAUGGCAGACGACAAAGAAAUCACCGCCCCUACGGAAGAGGAGGAGGAGAACCCAAACUACAAACCUCCCGCUGCAAAGUCCCUGAAGGACAUCGUGGAGGCCGACAAGGAGGACACAUCCCUGCAGAAGUACAAGGAGACCCUCCUAGGCAGUGCUACCACAGAGCACAUCAUUCUAGAGCCGGACAACCCUAGCUGCGUCAUGGUGAAGAAGCUGCAACUAUUAGUCGAGGGCCGCCCAACCAUCGAACUGGACCUCUCAGGUGACCUGGAACAGCUGAAAAAGAAACCAUUCAUGGUCAAGGAAGGCAUACCGUACCGCAUCCGUAUUGAGUUCUUUGUUCAGCGGGAAAUAGUCACCGGCCUCAAGUAUGUCCAGAGGAUAUUCCGACACGGACUGCAAGUGGAGAAAAUGAACCAGAUGGUGGGCUCGUACGCACCAAAGGCCGAGAUCCAGUCCUUCACGACCCCGGAGGAAGAGAUGCCGUCCGGGAUGUUGGCGCGGGGCUCCUACGUCGUCAAGUCUCACUUUACGGACGACGACAAGAACGAGCACCUCAAGUGGGAGUGGGGCUUCGAGAUCAAGAAGGAUUGGGACUGAAAAGACUCAACACACACCCCCCGCCCACGUUCGCUUUUUUUUUUUUUUUUUUUUUUUCUACCAUCGCGUUACGACAAGUGUACAUAAGUGUUGAGGGUCUUCCCACGCACCUCUCUUAUCGCUUUCUCUCUCUCUCUCUGCUAUUGUUUACUCCCUUUGUAAAUCGAAUUUACGCUUUUUAUUAUUA